AUGUGACACUGGACUGUUGAGCACAACCCGUAACUCAUAUUGGUAAAAAUCUAGUAAUUGCAGCUAGCUGGAAGCCUCUCUGUACAUUGUAUAAUACAGUAUCAAGGACAGGCUAGUGGUAAACAAACAGUCAAACAUCAGGAUGGGAAGAGCCUCUUACUUAGCUGUGAUUUUCAUCUGUUUGGUUUCCAGUAGCAGGAUAUCUGGACAGUCAUGUGAAGGAAAAUGUGGUGGCAAAUUAGAUUCCUGUUCUUGCCAUGCCACUUGUGUAUCUCUGGAAAGCUGCUGUGCGGACUAUGGGGAGUACUGUGUCGAUGUCACUCCAUAUUCCGGAUCAAUAUUUGGUGGAACUGACUUUGUUGUCCUCAAAGCAACUUUUAAUGAGCGCUCCCAAAUAAUCUGCAGGUUCAAUGAUGAAAUCACAACGGUGGGCUAUGUGGACACAGACAGCAGAGGCCACUGCAUAUCACCUCUACUGUAUGAAACAGGGAUGGUUCCUCUUCAGAUCUCUACAGACAAUGGAACAACCUUCACCAGACAUGGAGCUUGGCUAUCAGUCCAUCCUGGAAAGGUAGAUCCUAGUUUCAAAGCUACUAUAAUCAACGCAACCCAGUGGCAGUACUACGGCACCCCAAAAGUUGGAGGCCCGCUGGACAUGACAUGGAACACCUCACAGGUCAGAGCAGAAAAGGUCAACAUAGAACUCUGGGGAUACAUGGAGAAAGGGGAUCCCUACUCAGAGUCCUGGCAGGGUAAAUGGGAGUACCUGUACUCUCUUGGGAGGGACCAGCCUAACAGUGGUGCCUUUAGAUUUGUGCCCAAGACAGCAGGGAAGCCUUUCUCAGACUGGGAGGUCGGCUGUCUACGCAUCAGCCCCAGUACUCACCCAGAUGGAACAUGGAAUGUCCAGGCAGUGUGGACUGAGGACCAUGCUCUAGCCUGGCAUCUGGAGGACAAGUUCAGGCAGGACUCAGCCGUCUGGGCACUGGAUAAGUGUAAAGCCUGGGACCAGCUGGAGGAGACACUGCCAGACUUCCUCUCUGAAAUUAUUGACUGUCCAUGCACACUGGCUCAGGCUAGAGCAGACACUGGGAGGUUUCAUACAGAUUAUGGCUGUGAUAUAGAGAAGGGGAGUGUGUGUACCUACCACCCAGGAAGUGUGCACUGUGUGCGGGCCAUACAAGCCAGCCCCAAGUUUGCAGCAGGACAGCAGUGUUGCUAUGACCACACGGGGGCCCAGGUUUUGACAGAUGACUCCAUUGGUGGGAGUACCCCAGACAGAGCCCAUGACUGGGGCUCACCCCCAUUUGUAAAGCCCCCCAGAGUCCCUGGGUUCUCCCACUGGCUCUACGACGUCCUCAGCUUCUACUACUGCUGCCUGUGGUCUGACAACUGUCACUACUACUUCAAACGCAGACCCUCCAGUGACUGCAGGACCUACCAAGUACCAAAAGCAGGUGUGGUGUUUGGAGACCCCCACUUCAUAACAUUUGAUGGCGUCAGUUACUCCUUCAAUGGAAAGGGGGAAUACACCAUUAUGGUCUCAGAAAGCAAGGAACUGACAAUACAGGGCAGAACAGAGCCGGUAAUACUGACAAAUGGCAGCAUGGUGAAAGCAACAAAGCUGUCAGCGGUUGCCAUGAGAGAGGGGACCUCUGACAUCAUUGAGGUGCGACUCGGCAACCCUCAGGACCACCUACAGGUGCUGCAGAACCAAACCUCCCUCUCCUUCUCUGAGCAGAGCUGGAUGGAUCUGAAGGGUGUGUUUGUAUUUUCACCCAACCCUACAAAUGUGACUGUCAUGUUCCCCUCUGGAGCUGGAGUGGAACUGAGACUGAGAGGGGGAACCAUGACAACCACAGUGCUUCUACCGGAGGUGUUUAAGGAUUUUACCCGUGGACUGUUAGGAAAGAUGAACGGUGAUCCCAAAGAUGACCUGGUUACCAGUGAUGGUCAGACUGAGUCUGAUCAAGGCAAUGCAGAGGGGCUAUUUAAUUUCGGGGCAAGCUGGGCUAUAUUGAACGAGUCCACGCUCUUCACGUACGAUUCGGAACACUUGUUGAACUCAUAUCUCCAUGCUCCAAAACACGACGCCAGUUUCCGUCCAGUGUUUUCCAUCCCUGAGGAUCCAAAUGAUCCUCUCGGCAGCCAGGCCUCUGAGCUGUGCUCUGGAGAGGGCUCUCUGUACUGUAGAUAUGAUACGCUGAUGGCUCGUAGUCUGGAGAUGGGCAAUGCCACCAGGGUAUCUUUUCAGAGCCACAGGUCUGUAGUGGAGGAUCUAGAGCCAGUGGUGUCCUGUGGCUGGCUUUCUCCACCCACAAAUGGAAAGAAGGAGGGGACCAGAUAUUUACAGGGAGCUGUGGUGAAGCUGUCCUGUGACUCUGGCUAUGUCCUCUGGGGGUCAGAGGAGCACACAUGCCUGGGGACUGGUCAAUGGUCUGGUGAAACCACGACCUGUGUGGCUGGUAUGGACCAUCGCUGAAAUCAACAGCAAAAUUCUAUGCUACUGGUUUGAAUCAUCGCUGAAAUCAACAGCAACAUGAUAUACGCUCCUGGUAUGUAGGAAAUACCAGUACGAAAAAGUAUGAAAAUGUAUUGUGGCAGACCAGGGGGUUGGGUCAAAAGCUCAGUUUCAAAGGUAUUUAUUAAAAUAAUAGUCCAAAAGAAAAGAAUGGGUCUCCCCCAUGAGACCCUCUCCGGGAUACCGUCUUCUGGGCUCCGGGUCUUGCUGUAUCCUGUGGAGAUCAAAAACUGAACCCUAUCCUGUUACCUCUGGUACUGUCCCCAACUAUACAGGAGUCCUUUCUUCCCCCAGUCUCUUCCCUGUGUGCUGCCUUUCUGGCAGCUUUAUGGGACUUGUACAGCUGGUGAGCAAUCAGCCCUUGAUUACUCACCAAUCCCCAAUCAGCCCCAAUUAGUCCUGGCCGGAGAGCCGUCGAGAUCUGGCCUCAUGAUGUAUACUCCGUCUGUCACCAGGCCUCGACGAGUCUCCCCCUGGUGGCUGACCUGCUGUACGCCACAGUAUGCACUCACUAUUGGAAGUCGCUCUGAAUAAGAGUGUCUGCUAAAUGACAAAAAUGUAAAUGUAAAAAUGUAUUUAUCAUCGCUGAAAUCAACAGCAAAAUGCUCUAUAAUUCUGGUAAAAAUGAUCACUAAAAUCAACAGCAAAAUGCUCAAUAAUUCUAGUAACAAAUUAUCACUAAAACGUUACUGCAAAAUGAAAUCAAUAUUGGCUGAGGAUCAAUAUCAUGGGUUUAUUGCCAGUGAGGUCACAUCAACUUUACCAUGCUUAAUGUUUGAAAUCAGUUGCUUUUUUAUGUACGGCGUGUCCUGUCUUCCUUUGAUUUCCCAAAAUUAUUUAAAAAAUCAUAACUUCACCACUACAUGUGCUUUGUUUUAACCCCUUUUACAAUCCCUCCACUAAUACUGUUGACAUGAGUUGGCAGGGACAGAUAUGGGGGCAUAUUGCUAUGGCAAUGAGACCAGACUGUGAAUUUGAAUCAUCACAUACAGUAUAAUUGACAAAAUGAUUGAAAUAUUCAUAGCAUAGGCUAGCUACAGUACUGUUAUGUUACUGAAGGAUGCUGUAGCCACUAUACUAUUAUUUACAGUGCGUGAGCCCCCCAUCAUGAAUAACAUAGGGAUGAAAUUGAGUAUCUGAAAAUCAAAGGUUUGCAUUCUCCUUUUUGACUGUGGACAAGCUGAUAAUGGCUCCUCCUUUAUCGAAAAGGGAAGCAUUUCAAAGCCCUUUACAACUCUCUCUCAACAAAAUGAUUUAUCUUUCCCUCUAAAGCCACACUUAAAUUACAGUAUAUGCUCUUUGUUUUGCAGAUAAUCUCAAGGGAAUUGUGGUUGUUUCAGUUAUUGGAGCACUAGCAUUAAUCCUAAUGAUAGUAACACUCAUAAUUAACAGCAGACAACAUAAAAGGUAGGGUAUAGUGAUCUUCAGUGCCAUACAUUUUUGUUUACACACUUCCUCUGAAAAAUACACAUUUUACACUAUACAUGUACCUUCAAGGUUGUGAGCUCAAUGCUACAGCAGUUAAACAUGUCUGUUUUCUUAUUUUUCUGUUCAGAGAAACUGCAGCGUCUGCUGUGUCAGAUGAUGGACAAGAUCAGAUCAGUGUGGUUUUCUAAUAGACAUUCUGCAGGAUCCAUAGAAUAGUUGGUUUAAGAAUACCAGCACAGAGAAUGACUGUGUCACAGAAAGCCUCGACUGUCUCACAGAAAGCCUUUCAGUAAACUUCAUUACUAGGCUAUAUUCUUCAAUAGACACACUCCAUAAAUGUUUGUAUGUAACCCACCUUUGCAUAAAGGACUCAGAUAUGUCUCAAGGUUAGAGUUGCAAACAUAUACAUUUGUUCUACUGCUGAUAGUGAAAGUAGAGUUAAUUGCACCAUAAUGUAUCUAGUUAUAUGGCAAAACACAAUACCUGUUGACUUAAAACAGUACUGUACCUAAUGACAUGCAUAUAUCCACACUUCUAACUCUGUAAUGCAAAAUAUGAAUGUAUGGCAUGUAAUAAUAUCAGCAAUGAAAUUCAUGAUAUCUCUUCCACUACCAUACUAAUAAAUGGUAUCACUGUACACUCACGGUA